AUGGUGGUGGAGACGAGACCCCCGUGCGACUUCUCACAGUGGAUGGUGCGUCCACCUCCCUGGGAGAUGGGUACCACCGGCUUGGGGUUUGUCUCCAGAGUAACUAAGCACCAGGGAAACAGCCUGUCCCGGGACCAUUCUCUGAGGGCUAGGCACCCUCAUCUCACCUUUAACCUGGACUUGGGCAGCAGGCCUAACUCGCCUCCCCACUCCCACGUGGGGCGUCUGGCAGCGGCCUUCAAGGCCGGACCAGAGACAGCUGCCUCCGCGGAUCCUCCCUCACGCAGUUCUGCUCUGGCCUCGGGCCUCGGAGAGCAACCUGAGAGCGGGGGCGAGCCGCUGACCCUCCUGGGAGAUGUAGUUCUCGUCCUUCCACUUCCCCUUCCGCGAGGCCGCUGCAGGCUGAGCCGGGACCGCGACUCCCAGAGGCCUGCGGGCCCGGAGGCCACGCCCCUCCCGGCGAGCGUCCCGACCCAGGUGCCGGCCAGGAUCCUCGCGCAGUCGGGUAAGUGGCCGUGUGGCCGGUCGCGUCCGGAGUGCCGUCCCUUCGGCAGCCCUGGCACCAAGAGAGGACGCGAGGCAGGCGCCGGCGCCCCGCAGCUCGAGCCGCGCGUCCGCGUGUGGACGCGAAGGCCAAGGGCGUCUCGGCCGGCCGGGCAGUCGCUGCGCGGGCCGCCGCCCGGGGUCGCCGACCGCCGCGGGUCCCGGGAGGCCGGGGGUAUUGAAAGAGCAGCCAAAGCCACCAGCGACGGGGGUCGAGAAGGAGGGGGUCGUUCCAGGCUGUGGAACGGAAGCAGAGCCAGGUUGGGUGCCCCGUCUACACCUCCAGAGGUCCCUGAAGGUACGGUGUUGGGAGUGCAGGAGCACAAAGGAAACCCGAGAAGGAAGUGGAGGGCCCUGGCAGCCCGCAUGGACCCACAUAGGCCACUCAGACAAGGCUCGAACCACAGAUGGAUCCAAGGCUUGACAACACCCCUCCUGCUGUUCGUGGGAUGCGACGGGCAGGGCAGGAGCUUGGCCAGGGAGGGAAGCGGCCCCCAGCAGCGGGCCGUCCGGGCUUCCAUAUUUUCACCUGGCCACUUUUCCGUGUCACCCUGCACAACGGUCCCGGGGAGCUGGCCGCCUUCGGCCAUUCUUCCUUCCGUAGUCUGUGCGAGCAAUAAACGGAAUCUAGAAAGGGCUCGCGACUUCCUUAGUAGCACCUCUGUCAGCCUGUGCUGGACAGAAUGGAAGGAAAAUGAGGCAAAAGGGGGUUGGGGGGGGGGGAGGGCAGGGCCCACCCGAUUUGGGGAGCGUACCACAGAUCUCCCCUUGCCCGGGGCCAAAUUCUCUUUUCUGCCCCUUGUCUCCUCCAAGGCUUGAUCGAGCCCCUGGAGGUUUGCCCACUUCUUCAGGAUGUUGUAUCCAGAUCUGCCCCAGUCAUCCCACCCGGAGAAACUCCAGUUGGAAGAGCUCUCAGAUGGACCAGCAAAUUCUAGAGGACUGGAGCUGCCCCAACACUGUAUUAUGGAAAUUUCCAGCGGUACCGUUGACAUCUUCCUCGACUUUUAUCACAUCUGGGCAGCCAUCCGUUAAUCCAUUUUUAUUCUUGACGCCUUCAGAGUAAAUUCCCCUCCAACAUUAACUAGCA